CGGCCCCCGUUUCCCAGAGCGGGGCGGAACCCGAGGCGCUGGCCACGGUCACGUCACGCCCACUGGGCUCAGGGCUUCGAGGCGCUCUGCUACCUCGGCUAGUCCGGAUCGCUGGCUUGGGAGGCUAGCUGGUGCAACUCUUGGCCAGCCUGGGGCGAGGCAGCUCGUCGCAGGGAGGAUCCCAGCUGCUGGAGGCAGUACGCUAGCCCGACCACCCCAAGGGUAGGAAGACUGGUUGUGCCACAGGUGGGCUGGGCGCCUCGGAAAGCUCCACCCUUCUAGGAAAGGAGGAGGAGGAGAAGAAGCUCUGAGCUCGGGCUCCCCUGGAGUACGGAGAUCGCGGGGCUGGAUAGGAGGAGUCAGGGGCGCUGAGCAGGGGAGGAGCCGGCCACCAGACGAGGACGAAGAGGAGGGGGCGUAGGCGGAUUUCCUGGGCCCGGCUUGAAGGGCUCACCAUGGCGUUUGGGAAGAGCCACAAAGAUCCCUUCGGGACUUCAAUGGGCCACCUCAUAGAAAAGGCUACAUUUGCAGGCGUUCAAACUGAAGAUUGGGGUCAAUUCAUGCACAUCUGUGAUAUGAUUAUCACCAGCAAAGACGGGUCAAAAGAAGCAGUAAGAGCUUUCAAGAAAAGGAUUUCUAAAAAUUGUAAUCAUAAGGAGAUCCAGCUUACCUUAUCACUUCUUGACAUGUGUAUGCAGAACUGUGGCCCAACUUUCCAGUCCCUGAUUGUGAAGAGGGACUUCAUUAAAGACCUAGUUAAGCUGCUGAAUCCCAGAUACAACUUGCCUUUAGACAUACAGAAUAAGAUCUUGAGCUUCAUCAUGACAUGGUCACAGGGUUUCCCUGGAGGUGUGGACGUGAGUGACAUCAAAGAAGUCUACCUAGAGCUUCUCAAGAAAGGAGUCCAGUUCCCCUCUUCAGAGAGAGAGAUUGAGAAGGAGAGACAAGUGGCCUUGUCUCCGAGCAUCACUAAUCCACCACCAUUUGUUCCGUCUGCAUCAAUACAUUCGACUGCAACUGCUCCUAAGCCCCCAACUAUUUUACUGGUCGCCGAACAGAUUGGAAAAUUGCACAGUGAAGUAGAUAUGGUGAAAAUGAAUGUGAAAGUAAUGUCUGCCAUAUUGGUGGAGAAUACACCUGGAUCAGAAAAUCAGGAAGACAUGGAACUCUUACAGAAAUUGUAUAAGACUGGUCGGGACAUGCAAGAAAGGAUCAUGGACCUGCUGGCCGUAGUAGAGAAUGAGGAUGUGACAAUGGAGCUUAUUCAAGUAAAUGAGGAUUUGAAUCAUGCUCUCCUUGGAUAUGAGAGGUUUUCUCGAAAUCAACAACGAUAUCAGGAGCAAAAUCAGAGCCUACGGGAAGCCCAGAAGAAUAACUGUGAGCCUUCUGCCCCAUCCUGUGAUUUACUUGACUUAAGUCCAAGUCCAAGCUCUUUGACUUCUGGCUUGUUAUUGGAUGGAGUACAUACCAUGAGUUCUCAAUUUUCUGACUUAAAUGUCAAGUCUCCAACUGACAGUGAUGGCAACCACUCAAACCCAGUGAUUUAUCAAGAGCUGGAUUUGCUGGCCUCAGAGAAUCCAGAAAUAUCCCUGUUUCCACAAAGGACAGAUCAUCUGUAUGGCAAUCUCUUAACUCAUUUAAAUCCAAUCCUGAUGCCUCCAGUGAACCUGCAAGCUGGCCAUGCCGAACCUUCAAACCAGAGGCCCCCCGCUUUGUCCAGCAAUCUUCGAGCUAGCCCUGUAACAAAGAAUGACCUUCCGCCACCCAAUUACUAUGAAGUAAUGGAGUUUGAUCCUUUGGCUCCAGAUGCCACUGCAGAAACUCUUUAUGAAGAGCUUGAUGCUAAUCACCGUAAACCAAUUCAGAAUCAUACAAAUGGUUAAAAGGUAAACAUUUCUAUUUGGGACAGUUUACUUUGUUACAUUCCUUUAAAAGUAUCAGCACACAAAAUAUAAAUAUGACUUUGCUUAAUCUUUUGAAUUUAUUACGGACUGAUAAACUGCUAUUUCAAUAACUGAAUGGAAACCUUGGCUACAUUUCACUAUUGUCUGAUCAGAAAUGAACUAAUAUACAUGUGUGAUGUUAACAUAUACCAACAUGCCUCUGUCAACAAAAUCUUUGUAGUCCAGUGGCAAUGUUAGUCUGAUCACAGGCAGUAGAUAAGAAGCAAAGGAGUUCUUUCCAGGAUGACAGAAAAAAAGGAUAGCUCUUUGUUGUAAGAGAUGGUUCUUCAGAAGGGAAUGCAGGGGCAAAUCUAGGUGUUAUUAAAAACAAGAUAUAAAUAAAAAUGAUUGUUCUAAAGAACAGGUUUUUGGCAUAGAAGAGCAUACCAAUGUAAAUGAUAGAAGGCUACAAGUGAUAAACUUUCUCCUUCAGAGUAAUGAGUUUUUAAAAUUAUACACAUUGAGAAUUUUAGUAAAAAUAAGUUUGAACCAUUGAUUCAUUCGAGUGGUAAUAUGCAUAGUUCCUGAAAGAGGUUUAAUGUGCAUCUAAAAGGAUUAAAGGAUUGUAUAUAUAUUCCAUUCCCUUAUCUUCCUUUAAAAUAUAUGUGAAAUUUAGUAGUACUCAUCUAACUUUUUUUUUCCAGAUCCUUUUAGAUAGAAGUGCAUCAUCAUCAUUUCCAGGUGAUACAGUAGAUGAAAACUAUUUUAUUACUCCUUAAAUAAAUCGUAAAAUAUUUGCUGAACUGGAGUUGUAAUUCAGGAAACAUUGCUUAAGUGCCUUCAUUUAAUUAAAAUUGAAUGUAAAAAUAAUUUUGCACUUCUGAAAAUAUUCCUAGCCUUUACAUUUUGAGCUGGGGCAUAAAACCUUUUAAUUAUUGUAGUUUACCCUUCAUGUUUGUGUAACAGUCAUUGGAAAAUGUAUAAAUGUUGACUUUUAAAGUGAUUUUUAAACUUAAAAUAAAAUAUUCUUUUCAUUUUACUAUAAAA